CUUUUUAUUUUUUUCUUCCCCAGUUGCUGUGUACAUUGCGAAAAUUGAAGAUCGAAGGCAGACUUCCAAACUGGUCAAAUGCCUUGCCUCUGGGAGACCAGCAGCAUCUGAAGAGGGUGCGCUGCACAGGCGAGGGCAUGGACAUAAUCUUGCACGCUGUAAAAGGUGAUGACCUGACCGGAACCCAGACGUUAAAGGGUGUCCUGGGAGAGACAUUCGAUGCCCAGGGCCUGUCUGCGGAAGUGAGAGUUGUGCAGGUGCCCAGGCACCCGCCCCUGACCAGAGCCCAGUUUGAGCAGUCCAACUGCCUCUGGCCCACACAGUUCCACGAAGACAAACACAUUGCCAGGGUGCUGAGCGGGAAGCUCUUCUCCGAUCAAGAGCGAGCCACCAUGGAGAACUACAUGGCACUGGCUGUCACAGCGGCCCAGGAGUCUAGGGCAGGCAUUGGAGUGGCGGUGGUUAACCCCAGCACCGACAGGGUGUUGGCGGUCGCCGUGGGAGAUGGGAAACAUCCUCUGAGACACGCCACCAUGGUUGCCAUCGACCUGGUGGCACGGCAGCAAGGUGGCGGCGCAUGGCCGGUCCCGCCCGGAUGCGAGAUGUGCAGCAUCACGCGGCGCGACCUGGAAGUGGGCAGUAAGGUGCCGUACCUCUGCACUGGCUACGACUUCUACAUCAGCCACGAACCAUGCACAAUGUGUGGAAUGGCACUGGUACACUCUAGGGUUCGGCGAGUGUUCUACGGCCAAGCAACACCGUGGGGUGCCCUGGGCACGUGUCGCAAGUUGCAUGUGCAGCCAGGACUCAACCACCACUUUGAAGUGUGGCGAGGCCUGCUGCGGCAGAGAACGGACGUCGUCACGUGACACAUCCUCUGGGUGGACAUUUGUUUCAAAGGGAGCUGCUGCGCACUCGCUUCGUUAUUUGGUGGCAUACUUUACUUUGGGAGAUUGGGAAGAUUUUACGUAAUAAACGCUCGAUUUUAUAAAACUCUGGUGUU